AUGAACAGUAUCCGCGACAGUCAGUCUUCCUAUGGAGACCCUCGAUACCUAUCCACCAUGACCGCCUCCGAUGCGCCGGCGCCCUUGCAUGGGAGGUCGCUUGUUGAUGGGUAUCGGGAUGCUCUGGAUCCCCAGCAUGAUGACCGGUCGCGGUAUAACCCGCUCAACCCAUCCCACCCGCGUAGCUCGGUUCUCCUGAAUGCCAACGACCCCGUGACUAUGUACUUGUUGACCGAGACCGCCAUCGGGGAUAGUCUGAAUUAUGAAGUGCUGUCCUUUGAUGAAGUGGAGGAAUUGAAGAAGGAAAAGACCGUACUAUCCAGUCGCAUCGAGGGCACGAAGCGGAAAUUGGCGCUGGAAACCAAACUCCGCGAUGCCGCUCAAUCCCUUGGCCGACUCUACAGCCCGCCCAGUCCGCGAAGUAGCGGCGAGUAUGGCGCGAAUGGAAAUACACACCGGAGGAGUCGCAGUAUUUUCGGACGGAGUGGUGCUUCCGAGGCGCUGAACAAGAGUGACUCGGAGCUCGCGGUGAGCCAGCGGAAAUGUGAAGAGUUAGCCCAAGAACUGUGGAAGCUGGAAACGAGAUCCCAGAAGAUCAAUCAGCGCUUGCUGGAGCAUACCGCGGGUGUGCUGCAAAUGACACACAAGGGUCUGAAGAAGGGACCGAAGAACCCUGCUCUGGGUGGAUCAGAGAGUAUCUACGACGGACACGAAUUCGACGAUCGCAGCCUCUACCGGACGACGGAACAUUUGGAUAGCUUUGGCGUGCACGGCAGGAUCGAAACGAACGCCACUGCGGCCAUGAACACUGAGGCCAUGCAGGCUACCGAGAGACGCUUGGAGGAACUCAGCGAGCGCAUACAUGAUAUGAUGAUCCAGUCCAACCCUGGUGAAUUUAUUGACCCUCCUCCCCAGCCAUCUACGAGUGGCGGGCCGGUCAACCCCACAGCAACGGUCAAUGCACACCUGGCAUACAUUCAGAAUGGCAUGAACAACAUCGUGUUGCACACGGGCUCCGAUGCCCCAGCUCCCGCGGCUGUGAGCGAGGUUACUCCAGAAGCGGAAAGCGCCUGGAAGACCAAACUCACCGAGAUCAACAAUCGAGUACAGAAUAUUGUUGACCGGUUUGGCUUGACACGUUCACCGACAUUGCCGCCGCCUCCUGAUGCCACCCACGGCGAUGGACUGGAGGAGCAACUCUCUUACCUCCAAACUGGUGUUGAUGGUUUGGAGAGCCGGGUAGAUGGCCUGCUAGAGCAAAAGAGCAUCCUGACAACCCAAAUCCAACAGCAGCGCGAGCUCAACUCCAAGUCAGAUGCAGAGCGAGAUGCCCAUAUCGGCGACUUGACUGAACAGUUGACCCACGUGCGCAGAGACCUCGAAGUCUCCGAGCGCGAAAACAACGCCAACCGCGAGGAGCUGGCUCUUGUCACAGAACAGCUCGACGCAAUGCGUCACAGUGGCUCUUCUCAGGAAGAAGCCAAAGCAGCUCUUGUUCAGACAGAGGGUGAAGUUGCGCGCUUGCAGAGUGUUGUCAAUUCAUUGCAUCUCGAAUCUGAUGCCAGGAUCAACGAAGUCAGCGAAGCGCGCGAUGCCCAGGAUCACGCCGAGGCUGAGGUCAAGCGUCUGCAAAACGUCAUUGAGUCUCUGGAGAGAGACACUGAGGCUAGGGCUUUGGAAGUUAGCGAUGCUCGUGACCGCGCAGAAGGCGAAGUCCAACGCCUCAACGUCCUCGUUCAAACGCUACAAAAUGAUACCGGUGCUAAGUCUAAGGAGAUCAGUGAUGCUCGUGACCGUGCCGAAGGCGAAGUGGAGCGAUUGGAAAUCGUGAUCCAAACAAUACAGCAGGAACAUGCCGCCCAGACUGAAGAGAUGAAAGAUUCCCUCUACCGCGCGGAGAGCGAGGUCAAGCGUCUUGAAGAUAUCAUUGACUCGCUGCAAAAUGAUAAUGCUGUCCAGCAUGAAGAGAUCAGGAACGCUCGUGACCACGCAGAAAGUGAGGUUACUCGCCUACAAGUUGUCAUCGAAUCGAUGAAACAUGACUCUGCUGCUCAGACCGAGGAGGUUAGAGAUGCUCGUGACCGUGCAGAGAGCGAAGUGAAGCGUCUCCAAGACAUCAUUGACUCGUUGCAGAACGACACCACCACCAGAGGCGGGGAAGCACUGGAAGCUCGUGAGCGCGCAGAGCAAGAGGUAGCCCAGCUGGAAGCUGCCAUUCAACAAAUCCGCAACCAAUCCGAUGCCCGUGUAAAGGAGGCAGAUGAUCAGCGCGCGCAAUCAGACGCGAACGCGGCUCGCCUGCAGAACGAGAUGACCGAGCUCGAAGGCGAGAUUGUGCGGGUUACAACUGAACUCACGAUGGUCAAGGCAGAGCUGGAUGGUGCCUAUGGCACUCGGGCUGAACGUGCUGCCGAGGUUGCUGCCAAUCCCAGCGUUCAGAAGGAGAAUGAUGCUCUGGUUACCCGGAACAUUGAACUCACUGAGGAACUCGCUCUUCUUAAGAGCCAGCGGGGAGGCGGCGAUCUUCAGCAACGGGCGGAUACUCUUGAGAGGGAGCUUCGCGAGACCAUCGAUGACUAUGAAGCCAUGACCAAGGCCAGCAUUGAGUUCGAGAAGGAACGUGAGCGCUUUGAAAGCUUCAUUGAUAGUCUCCGGGAUCGUUGCGAGCAGUUGGAGACCCAGUUGGCGGAGGAACGUAUUAGCUGGAUGAACUUGAGUAGUCCCACGUCUAUAGGCCGUGAUGGUGCUUCCGAGACGACAUCUACAAUGGUUCUCAAGAAUGAGUUCAAGAAGAUGAUGCGUGACACGCGUAACGAAAAUAUGAAGAUCUUGAGGGCCGAACAGGAAGAGCGUCGCAGAAUCGAAGGAUUGCUGCGAGCACUAAGAAAGGAGCAUGCGCAGGUGACUGGCAAGAUGCCCAGCUCCGGCGGUACUCCGUUAUGA